ACCGGACAUUACAGAUUGCAGCAAACGACAGAGGCAUCGCCAUCAAGGAGAGUAGUGUUCGAAAAGGCCUUUCCCUUUAUUUGAAACCGCGAAAAUUAGUGUAAAAAACUGUGAAAAAGUGAUUAGUGUGGAGACUUUAUGGAAUGGAAAACUCAAACUCGGAAGGCGUCGUCCUACCGGACAUUUCCGAAGCCGAACAUCUUGCGAGCGAGCACGAUAACGAUAAUGGCGAUUCUGUUGUCGACUCGAAGAAAUCACUCGUGUCGACCGUUUCCGUGAGACAUGCAGGCGUCCCAGUCACCCUUCCCGUGGGAUCCCUUAUCACUAGCACGUUUAAUGUCAUUACCCAGGACCAAAUCCCUCAUUUUAAGCCUAUGAUAUGCGUGGACAACAGCGGAUAUUUAGCCACCGAUGGCUCUACGGGGGAGCUCAAAACGAUUGUUAUCCAACAGGAAGACGUUUCAGGGGGCUCUUCUGUGAACACCCCAGUGUCUUCAGCUUCAGUGGGAAGCUGGAACGAUGCUGCUAAUGCUGCUGUUUUACCAGUACGAUGUAAAAAUACUUCUGCUGAACUUCACAAAUGCAGAUUUGGAUCAGGAGGUAGGGGGCGUUGUAUAAAACUUGGUAAUUCCUGGUAUACUCCUAGUGAAUUUGAAGCCCUUUGUGGGAGAGCUUCGAGCAAGGACUGGAAAAGAAGUAUUAGAUUCGGAGGACGAAGUUUACAAACUUUAAUUGACGAAGGUAUCAUUCUUCCACAUGCAACGAGUUGUACAUGUGCAGCGUGUUGUGAUGACGAAACAGCCACAGGCCCUGUUAGACUAUUUACUCCAUACAAGAGAAAACGAAGAAAAGAAAAUGACUCGAUCAAAAGAUCGAAUGGGGAGGACAGUGACCACCAGUGCAAAGAAGAAGCGUGGCAGAAUUUAGCAGAAGGGCUCGAUUCAAAUGAUUAUCAAUUAAUAGAACCAGUAGGAAGUAUUGAUCCCCAAAUACAGAUUAAAAGGCUAGAAGAAAUUGCUCUCCAGAUAAAUAGGUUAGCAUUGGAGUUCCGAAGAGGAAUGGAAGAUUUGAAAGACACAAUGAACAGGCAGAGUGAGAAAUACCAGAGAGAGAAGGAAGCUGCCAUAUUGGCAGCAAGAGUAGAAGCUCAAGUAGCUGCUUUGCAACCUGAGGGCAAUUCUGAUACCACAUUACAACCUUCAAUGGAUAAUGAAAAUCAUAAGAAGUGUGCCAAUUGCAACAGAGAAGCCCUAGCCGAAUGUUCACUAUGUAGACGAACACCUUAUUGUUCCACGUUUUGCCAAAGGAAAGAUUGGGCAUCACAUCAAGUGGAAUGUGUCAGAGGAGUUGCUGCAGCGACAGGGGAAGCGCAGCAGUCGAUCAUGCUUAUCGUUGAAAGCACUGACCAACAGUGAUAGAUUGUACAAUUUGAUAUAAGAUAUGUACGUGUUUCCUGGUACCAAAUGUUGUGUAAAUGUUGUAUAUAAAAGUUUUUCUUUAAGACCAA